AUGGUCUCCUCGUCUCGUCGCGCACAGCGCAAGGCUCACUUCGAUGCCCCCGCCCACCUCCGACGAAAGAUCAUGUCGUCUUCCCUUAACAAGGAGCUCCGAUCUGAGCACGGCAUCCGAUCGCUCCCUGUCCGCAAGGAUGACGAGGUCUUGAUCGUCCGUGGCUCCCAGAAGGGCGCGGAGGGCAAGGUCACCCAGGUCUACCGCAAGAAGUGGGUUAUCAACAUCGAGCGCAUCCACCGUGAGAAGACCAACGGUGCUACCGUUCCCCUUGGUAUCCAUCCUUCCAACGUUGUCAUCACCAGCCUUAAGCUCGACGAGGACCGCAAGAAGAUCAUUGCCCGCAAGGCCAGCUCCAAGAAGGCCGAUGCCGAGACCAAGGACAACUAA